GCUUUACAAGGUGUGCCCAAGCCACACGGAAUGCGUGCAUAGUCGCCUCAAAAACCAACGUGUGCUUGCAUCGUCAGUCAUACGAGCGCGAAGGCCCCCACAGUAAGGGGCACAGCUUACCUUGUCUCACACUGUAUAAUAGUCUAUUAAUUUAAUGUUCGGACGGCAGCGGUCACCGGCAGCGUCCUUGGUGACCCUUCCUGCGGAUGUGGACCUGGUCGCGUCAUUACCUGAUAGGGCUGGCAAGGACGCCGACCGCAACAUGUCAUCAUCACUUAAAAAGCGGCUGCUUCUUGGGCUUGGAAAGCUGAAAAUGCUUAAAGGUUUGAAAGCAUAUGCUCAAGGCGGCAUGGCAUUCGUAGGGCUUUUGGCUCGCCGCUUUAAGCUUGUCAGGCUUUCUUUCCAUGCAGGCGCCCCGAAAAACGCAGAUAAGAUGAUUGUUGAUACAGGCUGUGGCGCUUCCUUAUUGUCUAACGUUCCUGAGCGACAGCUAACCCAGCCAUCACUCGUUGCUGAUGGCGCGAGUCCAAGCGCACCGGGCCAGGACAGCACCGUCGUGCACGGAGAUAUUGAGAGUCUCCUUAAGCAUUGUCAGCACCAGUCGGACACGCUAACGGGCUCGCUCGGCGAGGUGCCCGUGGUAACGCUGGAGGGUCUCCGUGACACCUUGGAUUCCUCACCGUACGCUGUUGUCGUACUUCAGGUGGGUGAGGACCCCGACCCGCACGGCGAGGACACCCCGCCAGAAGCCUUGGCGGCCGGCACCACCAUCACACACUGCAGCCGCGAACUGCCCAAGAUCGUCCAGGAGCGCAUCACGGCUCAGGGCCUCACCUCCACGCCCCGCGGCAAGGUCACCUACCUGCAUGCGAACACAGAAGACACCUCCACAGCCCAGGCCGCCAGCGGUGUUAAUGGGGCGGGGGUCAGCCCGCAGCGCUCAGCCGGGCUGCCCAGGAUGCUGUUGUGCAGGGCAGGCGUGAAACCCACGGCGGCCUUCGUUGAAAGGUUGUCCCGUAGGGAAUCAUCGUCUGCAGCGUUGGCGGCUGCGCGCCUUGUUGGGCGUGCGUCGGGUACGGCGGGCAGCGUGGGUGGUUGGGCCAGCGGCAGCAGCAGGGCACAUCCAAAGCCCGCGAUGCUGCGACCUACGAAAAGCGCAGCCCCCACGGAUAGUGAUAUUUUCGGAGCGGGUGGUGUUGCCGACAUGGCACCGUCUCUCGCGUCCUCUUACUCCGUGCCAGCUGGCUGGGGCAAGCCCAUGGCCGGCGGUGACGAUAGAGAUGAUAACGUGGCGGGUAGUGUAGACAGCGUAGACCCGGUCCAGCAGGAAGCACUGCUGAUGACCCGCGGGUCGCAAAGGGCUGGGAGCUCCAGCAGGGCAGGUGCUCCAGCGCUUGUGGCGGCGUUGGGCGCACGCCACGACGAGGAAAUGGGUGGAAAUGGUGAGGCGGAACUGGAUGGCGGAGUGAGGACCUCUGUGUUUCCAAUGCUCCUCACCGCUGACCCGCCGGGUACCAUGAUACAUGCCCCUGUUACGUCACCAGCAAUGAACGGCCAGCCUUCUGAGCAGGCCUCGACCAUGUCACCAACACCCAAACCAGCAAUGACAGGCGCACCAGCAAGUACUGGCGCGGUUGCCGCUUCCACCGGAGCAGCAGAGGCCGCAGCGCAGCUGGGCGCCCUUUCUGCACUUGACGUUCGCAGCGGCUACAGCAGCGGCUACAGCAACCGGGGCGGCAGCUGUGACGGAGUCGACACGGGCCUCACAGGCUAUCUAGCCAUGGAGCCCUGCAUCCUGCCCAUCACGCCUUUCGCUUCUGGACUGCUGCCACCUGCCGUAGGCGCAAUCGCACAGGCCGCGCGCCAGUCUGCAACCGGCGGCUCCAACAGCAGCCCCCUAACCAUUCUACACGACACUGACGGCUUUCUGCAACGUCAGCGCAUGUCACCGCUGCCAACUAGCGGCGCAGUGCUGUCGGCACCCGCUGCCACCAUGACCACCAUCGCUGUCCCAUCUACAAGCAGCGUUCCGCCGACAACAACCGCUGCCAUUACCUUCACCGCUGCUGCUACUGAGGUUGAGCAGAGCGUUGUUGCAGUCAUGGAGUUGGCCGAGGAAGAAGCCGGCAUGCAAGGUGAUCACGGCGAGGAGAAAGAGGCAGGAGGGCAACAUCAGCAGGCAAUGGAGGAUGUGCCGGGUUUGGAGCCAGUUUUCAUUAGUGCCGCCACCGCUGCCACUUUGUUGGGCGCUGACAGCGAGACGCCAGUGCCGAUGAUGACUGCCUCCCUACAACAACAACAACAACAGCAGCAAAGCCUGAAGCUUCGGUCGGUCUUGUACGACAUGCUGGGCGGCAAUCCCUCCCUACAGCUCAUCCUGGAGGACUUGAUCCGCUGUGCAAGAUCAGGACGGUCCGCCGUACAUGAACAGCUGGUGGUGUGGCCGCGGGGUUGCUGCCGGGACGGCAGCAACACUGCUGAUGCCUGUGAUGCCAGCUUCGACAGUAGUGCCGCUGCUGGCGCUAGCUACACUGAGCACGAUCCCAAGCAGCACAGGCAUCUGCACGACCCACUGGUUGACUUUCUGCUGCUUCGAGUCACCACAUGCUUUGUGGAUGGACUUGGGGGAGGCGGAGACCGGCAGCAGCUGCAGCAGCCGCAGCUCCCGGCGGGUGCUCCGCCUCCUGCGGCUGCACUCGAGAGCAGCAUGGGUUGCCUGCGCCGUGCGGUGCUGCAGCGACAGCAGCAACAAUGGCAGGCUUGUCCGCCCCGCAUGCCUGCUCUCUUCAUGUGGUUUAUCAGGCCACUUUCAAGCGGGGGGCCGCCUGCUGCUAGCGUUUUGCCAGGCCAGAUUGCCGCAGCGGCGCAUGCCUUGCCGCUUAGCAACCUAGAAGGUGCCACCCCCACCCCAACCACUGCUGGGCUGCAACUGCCGCUCGGCUGCAACUCCUCCUUGCCAGCCACCAAGCAGCAACAAGAGCGGCCGCCACCGCAGCAGCAUCAGAACCCCUCCGGCCGGCUCAAAUCCGCUAGCCUGAGGUACCUACGCCGGCAUGCCAGCACUCGGCUCCUCAGCAGCAGCAAUGCUAGCGAUCCGACAGCCCCAAGCCCGGCAGCAGCAGGGAGGCACUCGUCAGCAGCUGCGGGGGAUACCGGUAUGUCGCAGCCGACCAAGGGCAGCGCCGCCAUUACCUUCACCGCCUCAGCCGCCUCCGUGGCUUGCAGUCCACCUGCUAAUACUAACGAGCCGGUUCAGUUUUGGCCACUUUCGCCAAAAUCGCCACCACUGACCCGUGGGUCAGCGCCCCCCUGGCUGCCCCGUCUAAUGAGGCCUGAGGCCGACGGGAGCGGAGCCGAACCGGUGGCUUCUGCUGUGCUGCCAUCAUCACCGCCUGCAGAAUCCGGUGAUCAGCCGCCAUUGCCGUCCGUGUUUCAGCCUUCACAGCCCGCACCAAGACUUGCAGAUGAUGUCUUAGCAGCAGCAGCGGCCCCACAGGUUCCAUAUGCCCAGGAGGCUGCGAUGGAUGCCUUGUGCUCUGGCAUGCGGCUGAAUCAGACGCUGCUGUCGCACUUGCCAAUGGCGGUGACGGUGCUGUCUCUGGAUGGCAGGGUGUCUUACCAGAACGGCCGGUCUGUGGCCUACAUGGGGUACGCGGUCAGCACCCAAGCAAGCAAAAGCCCCCGCCAAUUCGUUGCUGACAUCUUGCACCCUGAGCAUGUACUUCACCGGAUAUUUGCGUACGACAAGCCCGCUUUGGACAGCAUGUGGGAAUCCGUACACAGCGGCAAGACGUGGAGCGGCCUAGUCUGCAUGCCCACCCACCUCCACAUAACCGACACAGCCACGGAGGCCACGCCAGCGGUCACAGCAGCCACGCCCUCAGCAGCAGCUCCCCGACCCCCGUCCCAGUUCCGGUCGCAGUCGCAGCCGCAAGCUCCGCAGUCACAGCUGCGUCUCCAGCCUCCUCACUGCAACCUACAAGCAGCCCUGCUGACGACACAACAGCUAUUAAGCCACCAAGUCAGCAACGGCGACAACGCUGCUGGUGCUGCUGCCGCUGCCACUACUGGGACAAUCCUCAUCCGUCCCGCGGGCACCACUACCGGGACUGCUGUUCCUGCUCCCUCGCAUUCGGUUGCCAACUCCCUCGCGAGCAGUCGAAACUCUGACUUUGCCGACCUUUUCAACAGCCAUACUGAGGGCUCCGCUGGCGCAACCGCCAGCAGCGCCUUGCACAUGCUCCGGAACCCUUCUGGAGGCCGCGUGCUGUCGUCUGUUCUGGAAACAGACGCCGCCUGCGGUGGCGGCAGCAGCAGCACCGCUAACGGCGGCGGUGGUGGCAGCAGCCAUCCCAGUCCUCCGGUCCUGUCGCUGCCAACCACCUCAUCCCUGCCUUCUUCUCAACAACAGCAGACGACCACAGCACACCCGCUGAUCCCCCGGCCCGAGCGACGUCGGCGGGUUCCCGUCCACCGCUCAAACAGCCUGGCACAGACUGAGUUUGCACUGGACGGCAGCUGCAGAGCCAUGCGGCUGGCAGCGUCUGCAGCCUCACAGGGCCUGCUGCUCGGCCCCAGCCCUGGAUCCUCGCUAAGCUUUGUCGGCAGUGGGGGGUUCAGCUGUGGAGUUGUCGGUGGCGCAAUCGGUGACAGCGGCUCACAUUGCCCUGUUGGAGGGCUAGCGGGGCGCUGGUCGGUUCAUUGUGACGGGUCAAUUGGUGAGGUGCCCAGGACGCUAGUGCCAGCAGCCAUGGCACCGAAACCGAGGGCGGUGGCGGCGGUGGAGAAGAUUGUGGUUCCGGAGCUCUCAGCCAGGGUCAUGCAGUUCGUGGAGCCGAGUUCCCGCAGCUGCACGCUGACGUCAUCAUGGGACAUGGGCCCGCCUCGUAAUGCACAGCAGCGUCAAGUGGGCAGCAGCAGCUCGCAUGCACUUGAAGAAACGCUUGCACAUGCAGAGGCAUGGAUGGAGGCCUCUGCCCGGGGUGAGGCAGGCGUUGAGAUGGCAACGGCAGCAGCAGCAGUACAGGAGGAGGAAUUGACGUUCAGACCCGCUGCCAGUGCCGCUGCUGCUGCUACCACUGCUGCUAAGGCAACCAGCUGCGCCAAUAACCAGCCCCCGCCGCCGUCGCACUCGUACAUUGCUGAGGCAGGGCAGUGCUGUUGGAUGGAGAUCCAGGCGAGCUUGGUGACAGAUCCAGUUACGUCGGAGCGGCAGCUAGUUUUGUUUAGUCAUGACGUGACGUCGUACGUACAAGCGGAGCUGGAAGUACGGCAAGUGCUGGAUGCAGAGCACCGCAUCCUGGAGGAGUGCUUCCCGCGUCACGUCCUAGAGGCCAUGACAGCUGACAUGCGCCGGUCGAGCAUUCUCAACGCCGCAGCCACCAAGCCCAGCACCAGCACAAUCGACGGGGCUGGAGGCGACAGCAGCAAAGGCUGUGGUACGCGCGGGCUCUGGGCUGACGGCGUCACCGUGGAUGAAAGCCAUGCUCAUCAUCUGGCGGGAUCCCCAACCUUUACGAACAUCUGCAGCAGGCGUGCUGACGGUGAUGGUGCCGCUGCUGGUUCAACAAGGAUGCCAACUGAUGCUAGCAGCAGCCACGGUAAGGCAAUCAGCGACAGCACUGCUGCUGGCGCCGGCGGUGACGGCAAUGCAGCAUCCGCCAGUAGUGCUGCUGCCAAUGCACAUGGUUUUAUCAUUGAUGGCAGCAUCUCAGCCUUAUACGACAGUGUGAGCAGCGCGCUGGGGAGCUUAGCUACCGUAUUCGUCCCUAGCACCGUCGUCCCUAUCACUCAAGGCUCUACUACCGUCCAACCGAAGGCGGAACAGCCCGAUGAACCAACCGAAAGCGAGGGCUUCAGCAGUACGAACGCGUUAGCUCUCGCGCUACAGCAGCCUCCCUGCUCCGCCACCUUGCCGCACCCAUCAUCAGGUGCAUACGCCAGCAAGUUUAGUAACUGCCCGGCAGCCACGCCUGUCAUGUGCGAUGGAUGGGAUGGUGGGUGCAGCACGGGCUGCCGCUGCAGCCAAGCAGUACUUUCUCCACGCCGUGUGUUGCAAUCAGCAGCAGCCGAGGGUGACACGACGUGCACGCACGGCAGCAGCAGGACGGAGGCGGCAGUCUUGAAGCAGACGCAGCUGCUGCAACCACACGAGGAGUCUGUUCCCGCCAGGAGUGCUGCAGCUGCAUUCAACGCAAGCUUUGUCGGCCAUGGGACCGCAGGAUUUGGUUCCAUUGGAGGCGCCGCCUGUGGUGUUUGUAAGGUGCAGGGCAUAAGCAACGACAUUGCUCCUACCUUUGCUGGCGCUGCUACCUCCGAUGCCGCCACUGUUGGCACAGCCGCUACAGACGCUACUACUGCAAGUGCGGCUGCUGCUACAGCUGCUCUCGAUCGCCCGCUGGAAACGCCAUCACCGCCUUUGUCACGCAUCCAGCAACUCCUCGACGCACCCGGUGGCAGCAGCGAAGUUGCAUCCAUGAUAUCCCCACUCCCAACAUUUGCCCCUCCCUCUCCCGACCUUCAUGGUGGCGCUAUCAUGCCGGCAGUGCCCUUUCAAACAGCCGCGGCUGCCGGCCGAAACCUACACCGCAGCGGCAUGGGUGACGGCCGCCAAAGCAGCAACUGCUGCUUGCACAUGACAGAUAACAAGGAGCCGAGUGACGGAGGCGGCAGUACCUCUGCAGUCGCCGCGCUAUCAGCAGCAUCAGGCAGUUGCCUGCCCAUUCAUCAGCGCAGCCCCGCGACGCUCAACAUGAGGCCCAGCAGCCUCCCGCCCGGUGUUGGUUCUCAACAUGUGCAAUACCCUUGCUCCGCCGACUCAUCGCCUUCCUGCCGUGUGGGCAGCUUGAGUGAGAUGCAGCAGUACAUGGCUCGAGCCCAUGAUGAGGUGACGGUGCUGUUUGCAGACAUCGUGUCCUUCACCACCAUGUGCGGUCAGGUGGCUCCCCACCAAGUGAUGGCGCUGCUCAACGACCUCUUCACGCUCUUCGAUGCGCUUGUGGAGAGGCACAAGGUGUACAAGGUGGAGACAGUAGGAGAUUGCUACAUGGUGUGCGGCGGACUGGUGGAAGAGGAUGCAGAGGGUUUCAGGUGUGUCAAGCAGGGGGUGGACCCGCUACACGCGCAGAAGGUCCUCGCCUUCGCGACCGACAUGCUGGCCGCCGCCCGCACCGUGCAGCUGCCCAGCAGCGGACUGCCGGUGCGGCUGCGUGUGGGGCUGCACAGCGGCCCCGUCAUGAGCGGUGUGGUGGGGCGCAAGAUGCCCCGGUUCUGCCUGUUCGGAGACACAGUCAACGUGGCAAGCCGCAUGGAGUCUACUGGUGUGCCAGGUGCCAUCCACGUCAGCGCACGCACGCGAGACCUGCUGGGCCCCUUGAAACAGGCCUUCCAGCCGCGGGGCGAGGUGACUGUGAAGGGGAAGGGCUCCAUGUUCACAUACCUGUACGACCCAUGGGGCUGCGGCGCCCCUCAGCAACAAGCUGCUGGAGGGAUGGACGGCGGGGCGGUGGCGUGAAGCAAGACACGUUCCCUGGUACCUUGGGUGGGUGUUGGGUGCAGGAGGCGCUCGCUCGCACGCAGUACGUGCGUUGCAUGCGGCUUUUAUGUUGGUAUUUCGUGUGUUGAGUCGUUACUACUCCAUAACAUACUAUAAGUGUUACAUACCGAAAGAGUUAGCGCGUACAUGCAUGUGAGAGGAGAGUGAAUACGCCGAAGGAGAGUACGCCAAUGUUAUUGCCCCGUGACGGCUUCAGAUAUGUCUGUCCGCGGCCGACCCUAUGCUAAAUUAUCCGUUGAUGUGACUGCUCGCCGUUGUCUUAAGGGCAUUCAUGUGUACCGGUAUAGAUGACCAAAUGUUGCAUGGCUGAAGGUGACAUUCAUUUUGCAAGUCCGGCUAUGUGCAGCCGGUACUGGUAUUGAUGGGCCAUUAAUUUAUUGAUCUGGGAUGCCGAGUUAAGCGUUCUGAUUUAUAUUUCAUCUGCCUGUAGCGUCUCGGGAUCAGUUCCCUUGUGUAUUCUGUACCUGGUUUACAUUGUACUAUGCUACAUGCCUCGCGGGAAAGGCACUGGGUGAAACAUGAUGUGGCUGGAUUCUUAUUGUGUUAUCAGUAUCGACGUCUUGCGCUUGAUCGCGCUGUUUACGUCUAUGUAUGAGUGUUUUGGGGUUUUUGCAUGUGUGAACCCUGGUGGUCGGGCCAACCGUGAUAACGGUGUGAUUAAGUUGCAGAGCGACCCGUGGGUCAGCGCCUCUAGCGCAUAGGCACUUCUGGCAUAGGCGAUAAAUCCAUGGCUUUGUGCGCUGUUGCCCGGCUAUUGGUUUAUCAACUGAACCGGGCAGCUGCAGUGAGCACUAGGCUGUAGUGGCGCAGAAGCAUAUCAAAUGUGGGC